GAGCUGCGCUUGGUGCUGUUUCGUCCUGCUGCUGCUGUUGGCUAGCUCACGAUAUCGCAGGCAAAUGCCGUACCGUUGCUUCCUCGGUUCGUAGUCGUUUUUCGUGGCCCGAAUAGAUCGAAUGUCCUGCGGCCUCUCGUGUGGCGUUGGCGAGCGUAUCGGAGAGCAAAAGGCGUCAGAAGGCAUGUGGAAAAGUGCAAAUUGUUCGUAAACCGCCAACCUCCCUAAAGUUCUGCUGCAAGCCAGCCAGUGUGUGUGCGUGUGUGUGUGUACAGUACAGGGGUAGAAAGGUGUUGUGUUGCACCGCGGAAAAGGAGCGGUUCGUCUUGAAGAAGGGGGUGGUACAUUGUGUUUAUUUGUGCGUGCCUCACUGUCCCCAACGGCGUGUGUGAGUGUGUGUGCCCGUGCGUGUCCGGUUUGUGAGUAAGUGCGAGUGCGGUAAAACGGAUCUUUGCGAACGAGCGAAGUGUGGCUGAAGAAUCCGGUUUGUUGUGAAGGUUUUUUCGGUCCUAGUCCGUUGUUGUUUUCUUCUCUUCCUUGUGCAUGUUGUCUCGUUGAUGUGGUCGAAGCAGGCGGUGUUGUUUACAUGCAGAUAAGAGGGCACAUCUGACAUACCCUUUCAUCAAAGUAACCACCGCGCUCGAAGGAGCUCAGAAGCAAUCAGAAGAGGUGACUGUGUUAAAAAAUUGAAUUCUUACGGUCGAAGGCGGGAAUCGGAAAAGGACGUCACACUAACUAUGGCUGAGGCGGCAAGCAGUGGUGCAGCAGCAGCAGCAGCAGCAGCAGCUAGUGCUGCUGGACCAGCAGCCGGUAGCACAUCAGCAACGAACCCGAACGCAGAAGUCAUCCGCGGUCAGGUGUUUGAGGUUGGUCCUCGGUACACCAAUCUGGCCUACAUCGGCGAAGGAGCCUACGGAAUGGUUGUUUCUGCAACGGACACCGUCACAAAGACCAAAGUUGCCAUCAAAAAAAUAUCUCCCUUCGAGCAUCAGACCUACUGUCAGCGAACAUUGCGGGAAAUCAAAAUUCUUACCAGAUUCAAACAUGAAAACAUAAUAGACAUAAGAGAUAUCCUCCGGGUGCCUAGUAUAGACCAGAUGAAAGAUGUAUAUAUUGUUCAGUGCUUAAUGGAGACUGAUCUAUACAAACUACUAAAAACACAGCGACUAAGUAAUGAUCAUAUCUGCUAUUUCCUGUAUCAAAUACUUCGUGGCCUGAAGUACAUCCACUCGGCAAAUGUGUUGCACAGGGAUCUGAAGCCCAGCAAUCUUCUGCUGAAUACAACUUGUGAUUUAAAGAUUUGUGAUUUCGGUCUUGCACGUGUAGCCGAUCCCGAGCACGAUCACACCGGCUUCUUGACGGAGUACGUCGCCACCAGAUGGUACCGGGCACCGGAAAUUAUGCUCAAUUCCAAGGGCUACACAAAAUCGAUCGACAUCUGGUCGGUCGGGUGCAUACUGGCGGAGAUGCUGAGCAAUCGGCCCAUCUUCCCCGGCAAACACUAUCUCGAUCAGCUGAACCACAUUCUUGGCGUGCUCGGCUCACCGUCCCAGGAGGACCUGGAAUGCAUCAUCAACGAGAAGGCACGCAGCUACCUGCAGUCGCUGCCGUACAAACCGAAGGUCCCCUGGUCCCGGCUGUUCCCGAAUGCGGACCUGAAUGCGCUCGAUCUGCUCGGCAAAAUGCUCACGUUCAAUCCGCACAAUCGCAUCUCGGUGGAGGAUGCCCUGGCCCAUCCCUACCUGGAGCAAUACUACGAUCCGGAUGAUGAGCCCGUUGCUGAGGAACCGUUCCGUAUCGCGAUGGAGCUGGAUGAUCUUCCGAAGGAAAUGCUGAAACGAUUAAUCUUCGACGAAACGCUACGCUUCAACCACAACGAUAACAACCUGCCGGGCGGUAUGUAAGCGCGCGCGGUGGUUUCUAACCCGGGGAAUGGACAGCACACCCCCAGGCACACGCUGAUCAUCAUCGGCUGCGUUGCGAUUCGCUUGCUGCGAUUAGCCUUACACCUAGUACCAGCGGAAUCGUAAAACCGCCGUUCAGUAGUUCAGUAUACGUACCCCCCGUGUGUGUGUGUUUGUGAGGGGGGGGGGGCAACCACCACACCCUUCAAAAGCUUCGGCAAACAGAUACAGAUGCAGUAACACGGAAGUAGCUCAUGUAGUAAACAAAAAGAGAGAAAGAGAGAGAAAGAGAAAGAAAAAAAGAGAAGCAGUUGGGGGAAAAAAACCCCAGAGGGGGUACACGUCUUGGGAUCGGGAAGGAUUGGCCUUGCUAGCCAACCUUUAACGAUCUCCUUCUUGUUGCUGGUGAUGCACUUGCAAGGCAACAGCUGGAACCCACGUUCCACGUUUUUUUGUUCGCUCUUUCUCUCUACAAUCACUGAUAAGAAAGGUAAAAAAGCAGAAGCCCUCUGCGACACAGAGAAAGCUAGAGCAAUGUGAAGCACAACAGCCAAAAAGCAUCGUGUUGUUGUAGUGCUGUGUGAUAAAAAGAGAGAAGAUAAUGCUGUGAGUUUUAGGUUCGUACUUUUGUUACGACCGUUGUGCUGGACCUUUGCAAAGCGGUUUUAUUUUUUCGUGCAAGCAUUUGAAUUUGAAUUUCCGUGCUUGUUUUUACCGGGCCUUAAAUCGUUCGACUCGCGAUAAGCUAUUUUUUUUACUACAUCCUGCAGCGACACAAACACACACACACACCACACGAGAUUAUCUCUUAAGCAAGGGUUCCAAUUUUCCAUUCGAAAAGGAAACCAAAGAAGCAGAAAACAACGCAUUAUCAAAAGUAUAUCCGCAACACGCAACGGCCCCUUUUGUUGUUUGUGAUUGUUGUGUAACGUAUCUAUUGGAUUAGGUGGUACAAUUUCGUUUUCCUAACGCUAGCAAAAUAUACUACAUCCUUUUUUUUAUUUUAAUAUAUAUAUGUAUAAAUACCUACCCAUACACACAACUUUACGAUCGCAAGGCUGUAGAGAAUGAGUUUUAGGGGGGGGGGGGGGGUGAGGUAAAACACGUUAUUUUAAUUAUGUAUCCACUGUACAGAUGUAUUAGUUAAAGUGUUACGGUAUCGCAUAUCACAGGAUGAAGCAACAACGGAAAGGGCCAAAAGAAUCAAAAUUGAGAUUCUUCCAAAAGAAGCUCAAUCCAUCUACAACACGGAGCUUAUUAUGCCCUCAAAUAUGCCCAAAAUAUUAUAGUCAAAUGAUCUCCCUAAUAAGCCAGCCAACUUGGUUCUCUGUGCCAGAUUUCAACGCCACCCACAGCAACAGCACUGUAUCGCAAUGUCCGUCUUAAGCUCGUCUCAUGUACAAAAAAAGAAAAAAGGGACCGCGCCCGAACGCUAAUCGAGAAAGGUGAUUAAGUUUGUUCCCUCAACCCCAAUACCUUGGUGCUACAACAGCUCAAUAUUAAUCCCACAAACGUAGUAGGCUACAGACCAUUUUACUGAGGGUGAAAAGCCGGAUGUAUGUCGUAAGCCACUUUUUUUAAUUUUUUAAGCCCGGUAAAGCUUCGUACAAUGUGAUUAGUGUUAUAAUUGAUCGAUUUAAUUGAAAAACGAAAUGCUGCACCGAGAGAUUGAACCGAAAACAUUCGAAACCACCCCAUCCCCGCGGGUGGCUGAAUGGCUCAGCAGCGCUCAUUCAUCGUUCCCAAUCGCGUUUCCCACCAUCAUCCUCAUCCUCAUCAUCAGUUAUUGAUGAAUAUGCACUGUUUGUGUUUGCACCGCUGUGGUUCGCUGCUCAAUUAUUUUAAAUUAUUUAACACACACACACACACGUGGACACUCUGCUGUAUUCUCAACGACCACGACGAGAGGAGAGCGAGAGAGAGAGAGAGAGAAGGAAAAAAAUAGCAACCUUAAACCACAUGCAAAUUAACCCGCUCGAGGUGUUAUUUAAUCCGGGGAAAUUAAUCUAAAUUGCGUUCAACUGGCCAAACCCAACCAACAGAGAGGAAGCAAGCAAGCAAGAAGAGAAACAAAGCUGGAUCUACUUUAAAGGAGUGUAGGAAAUUAUUUUACAAAACAGCGCCACAAAAACCAGAAAGUCUGAGAGAUAUGAAUGUGAAUCCGGCAAAUGGAGCCUGUAGAUAAUUGAAACUGUCGCACACACACACACACACAUUAGCUACUCAUUUUACAGGCUUCGAAUGAAUUGUCCAUCACUAGUUGGGAAUGUUUUCGAUGGGUUAUGCAUAGCUUUUUCCCCGGGUGAUCUUGAGCAGCUACUUUUCAGCUCUCCAGACUUCAUUCAGGCGUAGCUAGACUAGGAGAACGUUGGGGAUGAGGGUAGAUAAAGGUCCCUGGAUUGUUAGGAACUGCAAUAUUAAUUUAAUGACGGGCAUUGGCAAUCGGAAGUCUUGACCACAAGAAGAGCUUGUGUAAAUUUGCAGCCAAUUCCUUUGAGAUUCCUACGAUGAGUUUACCUAGGACCGUUCUGUGAGAACGCCAGAUGAACCAGGGGGCUGAUUGGAUUUUUUCGAUGGUUCAAGUUUUGGAUCGUUCAAUUAUUCUUACAAACAGAAGAACGGUUGGUUGGUUUGGUUUGCACUUUGUGACUAGUGUUGGGUCAAGUAGCUCUUUUUAGUGAGGAGAGGGCAACUGCUCACUAACAUGUGAGAGGUGAGGCCUCCCGGUAGCUCCGCACUCGCUGAGGACGAAGAGGCCGAAGAGUGCGAAGAGGUAUCUCAUGAGGACGAAGAGUGCGGAGCAACGUUCUUAAAAGGGAAAAGCGAUCUCAGAGCCCUCAUUUCAUUGAGGCGAGGCCUCGCAGUAUCUCUCGAGCUCACUACCCAACACUAGCUGUGACGAUCCGGCUCUCUUACAAGCAGAUAAGUCGUAGAAGUCGGUUUUGAUCCCCGAACUUGGCCUAGAGACUCAUAACUCACAACUUACAUCUCCUAGUAGGACAGCCUUCUGACAUGUUCAAUACAAUCCUUAAACCCGGCACGGUAUAUUCCUUCUGAAAUUCCCAGUGAAAAAGUUAUGCAUAAUCUGUUUAAAAUUCUUCCGCCAAUUUGAACAUUAUUCAUUCAUGCUCUGUAAGCAACCACGCGUAGUGCAGUUGAGCUAUGAUUUAGUUGCAAAUUUCAAACACUUUAAUUCGAAAAAACAAACAAAUGCUAAUAAUCCCGCUCUGCGCCCGUUAGUAGACAAAGGAGUCUAGAGGAGGACAUUGAAGAAGCCGACGGGAUGGAUGGGCCCUGAUUUAAGAAGACUUUUUAGAUAGGAUGAAACAAAACAAAACAAAAACCCAAUGUAGAAAACCCGCUGUGCAAAGGUUCUCCGGGAGCACGUGCAAAGGCAGACUGUACUUAAUUGACUGCAAUUCCGGGCCUGCAAUUGUGCCCCGUUCCGGAACAACAAGAUCACAAAGAUGGAUGCAGUUUCUUGCUCCGCUUCGUUCUCCGAAGGUGUGCAAUAAAGAACAAAAUGGCGGCCAUGAGCUUUGUGUGGAAGCGAAACGAGGAGAACGAACGGGAAGGAACAUGGAAAUGGAUCGUGUAGUAAAUAAUCAGUUCCUUUUCUUCCCUUUUGAGCACGAUCGGUGGUGCGAUCACUCCACCGCACACCCAUCUGUGCGAUCUGUUUUGUGAAUGUAUAAAUGUUCUUCUUUUGUGGCAAUCUUCGUAUCGUAACGAAAUUUGUAAAGCACGCGUGGCCCAUAUAUAUCAUGGUGUUUCCUGGAAGAGGGGGCUAAAGAUCGCUCACAUCGCACUCUUUCGAUCGUUCCGGGAUAUCGUAUGUAAUCACACACAGAAAAGCACAGAGCCACACACACACACACACGAAAUCUAAUUGUUACAUCAAUGUUCUUCCGUACCGAGUGUGUGUGUUGUUUUUUCGAAUGCGUGUAUAUGUAUGUGUGUGUGUUUUUUGUUGUUGUUCUUCUCUUGUACGGAUACAUGUUGUCCGAUCCGGUUCGAGUCAGGCUGAAGGAUAGUUGGCAUAUAUCCACAACUAUAUGUUGCUAUGUUUAACACGUUUAACAACAGAGCAUAAUAGGCGAAAUGAAAACCGAACCCAAAAAGCAAAACCGAUAACCGAGCGAACAGAGAGAGAGAGAAAGAGAGGGAGAGAUAUUACAAUUUAAAUAAUAUUACCUUAGUGAGAUAAAGCAUUCUUUAGUAUAGGAAUAGGAUCAUCAAACUAACUCAAAGCAAGCUUAAAAAAGUGUAUUAAAGAAGAUAGGUGGCAAGAAACCGAUCACAAAUUUCUCCGACGAAUCGAUCGGAUCAAUGCGAGAAGUACUAAGUGGAAAGAGUACUUUGAAAACUGUAAAAAACAAAACAAAAUGUGACGUAGUUUAUGGACGUGUUUCUUCUUCUGCGUGUAAUUUUUAAAACUCGUUUAAUCGAAGAAAAAAAAGCAGAUCUUUACCGGCAUCUUCCCUUGGAUUUAAAGUUAAAAACACACAACCACACACACACACACAGAAGCAGAAACAAAUUUGUCAUAUUAAAUAUAAUAUUCUUGAUCGUUUGUUAAGUGAUUAAGGAGAAGCGAGAAGGAUAAAGAGCGGCGUCGAAAGUGGACAGAAUCAUAUAUACAUACAUACAAACAAUUGUACAAGUAAUGAGAGAGAAUGGUAGAGUAGUAGAAGUAGGUGGGACGCGUAAUGUAAUAGGAUAUAGGUAUAGAUAUGUAUGUGUGUUAUACAGAAACCAAAAGAAGAUCAAAAAGCCCAUCACCACUCGGCGAACGAGGAACGGAGGAAGUGGCGGGAGUGAGUUGUAUUCUUCAUCACAGGGAACCAACCACCUCUCACUGAGGUGAGGUGUGGUAAGGUCUCCAUCUCCUCCUCCGUCGUCGUUCUCGAUGUUGUUAAGCAAGGCAGCAGUCAGUCAGCAGAGCAAAGCAUGUAGCAGACUCCGAAAGGGGCAUUUGCCACUCACCCGAUAGUGUACUGUUCCGGUAUGUGUAUAUUGUUCGUGCAUGUGUAUGUGUGUGUAUGUAACCGUACCGUUUUAUCGUAAGCGGGAGGAGGACACUUCUACCCCUUUUGCUCUCCUUCGGACAAAAGAAGAAAAACGUAAAUUAAUUGAAGGACGACACAGAAACUGAAGCGGAUGAGAUUAUCUCGAUCUAGACAGCCCAAGCUCUUAGCUAGACCCGUGAGUAGUACAACUGUUACACUACCGAUUCUAUUACUACUACCGCUACUACUACUAUUACUACUACUUCUGCCUACGAGACUUCUUUCUUAGUAGCGAGGGACAACGAUAGCACGAAGCCAUAAGGAUGGGGGAUAAGGAUGUGUUUGUACGCGCCGGGAAUCUAACAAAACCAACAAACAGGAGCAGCAGCAGUCAUUAUUAAGCAUAAUAAAAUAUCCCAUUCUUCUUCUUCCCGCUCGGAACCCCAGAAAAUCCUUUUACCCCACACACCCCAAAUGAUCUUUCACAGACACUAACUCUAAACUUUCAAACCAGCAAAACACAUUCUAUACAUUUGAAGAAAGAGAGAGAGAGAGGGAAGAGAAGGAAGGAAAGAAGGCAGACAGGAGGGAUGCAAAUCGAGCAGAAAAAUCGAAUCUUUUCAAUUGGACAAGACACAUAAGAAUAAAGAAUAGUGUACUUCAAAAGAGAA